CGGCUUUUCUGUUCUUUAGGUUCUUGCGCCGCCAAGACGCUUAACGACCAAAAGGGGACACUAUGAUUACUGUGGUUCACUGGUAAAGGUGGUAAGCAAGGUGUUUCUAUCCAAUUAAAAGUGACAAACUCAAGCACAAAAGUAAAAGCAGAAACAAAUUUGAUAUAACAUAAAGCGUAGGGUAGCUUACAGUAUUACUGAAUUUGUCAUUAUGGAGAUCAAGCAAGAUGGAAAAGAAAGCUCGUUAAUUUUGACUAAGCAAGGCGCUGAAGCUAGAGUCUUUGAGUCAAAAUUCGUGGGAAGGAGGUCUAUUGUUAAGGAACGGUUUUCAAAGAAGUACAGGCAUCCAUCCUUGGACUCAAAGCUUACUCUCAAGCGCUUAAAUGCGGAGGCUAGAUGCAUGACAAAGGCUAGGCGGAUUGGGGUUUAUACUCCAGUUCUUUAUGCUGUUGACCCUGUGUUGAAUACUCUAACAUUUGAAUAUGUGGAGGGUUCCUCUAUCAAAGAUAUUUUCCUUGACUUUGGAUUACAUGGUGUUAUUGAAGAGCGGAUGCAUGAUAUUGCCACACAGAUUGGUGAUGCUAUUGGCAAACUACAUGAUGGUGGCCUCAUUCAUGGUGAUUUGACUACAUCAAACAUGUUAGUGCGGGGUGGUACAAAUCAGCUGGUGCUCAUUGACUUUGGUCUGAGCUUCACAUCAACUCUUCCAGAGGAUAAAGCAGUUGAUUUAUAUGUACUUGAACGAGCUUUGCUCUCUAUGCAUUCUUCAUGCGGGAAUGUGAUGGAGCAGAUACUUGCUGCGUAUAGGAAGUCCUCAAAGCAAUGGUCAGCAACAUUGAACAAGCUAGCUCAAGGUGCAACCCUUACAUCUUACAUUUUCGUUAUUGUUUUAUCCUUUUUAUGUUGUCCUUUUCUUAUCGUUUGACAACUUCUUUUAGUGCGACAAAGAGGUAGGAAGCGCACCAUGAUUGGAUGAGCUUCCUCACUGUCCGUUCCACAUUAUGGUAAGAUAAAAAUGGUGUCGAUGGAUUAUUCUCACAAUGUAACUCACAGUAUUUUGAUUUAUGUGUAUUCGCUGUUUUUGUGCAUGUAUCAUGCAGUUCAUUUCUAAUACACAGCUACUCAGUGAUCUGCUUUUUGUUCUUCAUUCGCCCCCCCGCGCCCCGCGGGUAUGGACUGGACUGCUAUUGAUGUGUUGACGUGAAAAAUCAUUAUGUCAAUUGAGAAAUUUAAUCAAAUGAACUUCCCAAUUUCAUGACUCGAAACUUUUCUUAUAGAUGAAUUUGAUUCUGGUAUAUGGUUCAAGAGAUCAACAAUUGGAUAUUAAUUACACACACUCAGAGAGUUUUUGUUGCGUUGAGUUGAGUUGUAAGUUUGUUUAUAUGUGAACCUUAAGGACUGAUACCGUCCCCCUCUAUCUUAUGUGUCUAUAGCACAAAUAUUUGCUGGAUGUGAGAUUUCUGGGUAGCAGACUCGUGACAGCAAGGUGUGGGCACAUAGAGUACAACCGAAACUCAACAUCUUGAUAGAGUUGCUUUACAUAAGUAUGCUCUAGUAGCACCUCAUUAUAUGUUGCUUUGCUGCUUAUGCUAGUAUCUCAGGUAGCUGGAUGAGAUCCAGUUCCCUUUUAAUUGACACUUUAUGUUGCGAUGCAAUCUUUUUUACUUGGCCUGCAUAUAUCUUCAGUAUUUUGGUUCGUUUCAAUGUGUCAUUUAUGCUUUUUAUAUGGCUGGUCGAUGUAAAAGGGAGAGGAAAAAAAAAGUACCUCA